AGCAAAUGUAGAGGGGAAGGUGAAGGCUGACCCCAUCAGCUCAAGACUUAUCAGGUACAAUGUGAGUUGGAUUGCAACACAACCAGCAGAGAGAUUAAAGCAGAGUCAGGCAGCAUUUUAAAACCAGAGGCCAAAGAUACCUAAGUACACGAGAAGGAUGGACUCACUACGCCUGCCACAGCAAAUGGAUCCUAAAAACAAAUGUAAGGAAGACAAUGAUGAGAAAUAUGGAUCUAAAAGCAAAGAAAUCAAAGCGAGUCCUGCGCAUUCCACUGCAGCUCUGAUCAUAGAUGAGCCGGAGGAGACAGAUCCAUGGCACCUGCCAGAACUGAAGGACACGGGGGUCCCGUGGUCAGCUCUGGAUACCAAAGGGAAGGCGCUGAGAGUGUUGGUAUCAGUGGGGAAGCUGAUCCUGCUUUUGGGUUUGCUCUACAUGUUCGUCUGUUCUCUCGAUAUCCUGAGCUCAGCUUUCCAGCUUGUGGGAGGCAAAACAGCAGGUGACAUUUUUCAGGACAACAAAGUUUUGUCUAAUCCUCUGGCUGGUCUGGUCAUCGGUGUUUUGGUCACUCUGCUGGUCCAGAGCUCGUCCACUUCCUCCUCCAUAGUCGUCAGCAUGGUCUCUUCUGGUUUGCUAACAGUCCAGGUGGCUAUUCCUAUCAUCAUGGGCACCAACAUCGGCACCUCUGUCACCAACACACUAGUCGCCAUGACGCAGGCCGGUGAACGGAACACCUUUCGCAGAGCUUUCGCCGGGGCCACGGUGCACGACUUCUUUAACUGGCUCUCAGUGUUGGUGCUUCUGCCUCUGGAGGUCGCCAGUGGUUAUUUGUAUGUGGUCACCAAGCUCAUCACAGAUUCAUUCGAAAUCCAGAGUGGAGAGGCCCCAGAUCUGUUAAAUGUGAUCACUGACGUCCUCACUGAGUCAAUUAUACAGCUGGACGAGUCUGUGAUUAGUGGGAUUGCCACCAACGAUCCAGAAGCUAUGAAUAAGAGUCUCAUAAAGAAAUGGUGCCAAACAUUCACCAACACAACCUUAAUGAAUGUCACAGUUCCUGGUCCAGAAAACUGUACCUCUCCGUCUCUGUGCUGGGUUGAUGGGAACUAUACCUUCACACUGAAGAAUGUUUCUGAAACAUACAACAUAAAGAAAUGUACACACCUCUUUGUGGAUGUGAAUCUGCCCGACAUGGCGGUGGGUCUGAUUCUGCUGGCUCUCUCUCUGCUCGUGCUCUGCUCCUGUCUGGUCCUCAUAGUCAAGCUGCUCAACUCUAUGUUAAAGGGACAGGUGGCUGCUGUCAUCAAGAAAAUCCUCAACACAAAUUUGCCAUUUCCAUUCGGCUGGGUCACAGGCUACAUUGCCAUUUUAGUCGGAGCUGGAAUGACCUUCAUUGUGCAGAGCAGUUCAGUGUUCACUUCUGCCAUUACUCCACUUGUUGGUAUUGGUGUCAUCAGUAUAGAGAGAGCAUACCCACUGUGCCUGGGAUCAAAUAUUGGCACCACCACCACAGCUAUUCUGGCAGCCAUGGCGAGUCCUGGAGACACUCUGGCUAACGCUCUGCAGAUUGCCCUUGUGCACUUCCUGUUCAACAUCUCUGGCAUCGUUCUGUGGUAUCCCAUCCCCUUCACCCGCUUCCCUAUCCGGUUGGCUAAGGGUCUGGGCAACAUCACAGCCAAAUACCGCUGGUUUGCUGUUGUCUACAUCAUCUGCUGUUUCUUCUUUUUACCACUUCUCAUAUUUGGCCUGUCACUGGCUGGCUGGGAGGUACUGGCGGGUGUGAGUAUUCCUCUACUCAUCAUGUUGAUCAUAAUCAUUGCGAUCAACGUGCUGCAAAAGCGGAAACCUGGGUGGCUGCCUGCAGUGCUGCGAUCCUGGGACUUCCUCCCUCUAUGGGCACACUCCUUGGCUCCCUGGGACAAAGCAGUUGGUGUAAUUAUUGCAAAAUGCUGUUGCUGCUGCAAAUGUUGCCAAGUUGCAUCUGAUGCCCAAGAAGACAGAGCACAAGAACUGGUGGAAAAUAGCAAGACAGCACACACAGCGGUAUAUGACAAUCCUGCAAUGAGUACAGAGAAUGAAGUGGAAGAUGAGAUGAAAAUAGAGCUAAAUAUCCUGAAAAUGACCAUGCUUUGA